GCAAAAUUUCAAAAUAAGCGUAUUAUUGCAACAUGAGCGCAACGCACGUCGAAGUUCGGCUUAACAGCACCGACCAACCAAUACCGGCACUUCGCUUUGUAUUGACGCCAGCUGUGAACGCGUUCUUGAAAUCAAAUAAUAACCUGCCGCACAAUGUGGCCUUCAAGCCUGACUUGGUUGAGACGGACCCCUCGCUGGUCGCCAGUGUGCUCCUGGAGCGUGACUGCGGCGGCAGGCCAGAGAUCGCUGGGGAGACGAAGGCGUUCUUUCAUUUCUACAAGCCGCAUGCAGUUGCUGCAACCGCAGACUCUGGUCUCUUCGAUGGCGCCGUCGAUGCUGAUGGUGCGGCUGUCGUAGAUGCUAAUCACGUCUUGCUUCCAUCCAACAAGUUUGUGGGCUUGUGGGAGACCUUGAUUUUCGAGAAGGGUCUGAAAGAGAGGCUGUUGAAAUUCGCCAUGUCUGCGUUGACCUUCUCGAAACAUCGCGUGGACACGAAUUUGAUUGCCUGCAAUCGUCUGAUCCUGCUGCAUGGUCCACCUGGCACUGGAAAGACGAGCCUUUGCAAGGCCCUGGCACAGAAACUGGCCAUCAGGACGCAUGAGGCCUUCGCCUACACACAUCUGGUGGAGAUAAACAGCCACAGCCUCUUCUCCAAGUGGUUUUCGGAGAGCGGCAAACUGGUGGCCCGACUUUUUGCCAAGAUCGGAGAGCUGGUGGCGGACCGCAACAAUCUGGUCUGCCUGCUCAUCGAUGAGGUGGAAUCGCUGGCGUAUGCCCGGAGUUCUAUGAAUAGCAACGAACCGCGCGACGCUAUGCGUGUGGUCAAUGCGUUGCUGACGCAUCUGGAUGAAAUCAAGACGCAUCCCAAUGUGCUCAUCCUGGCCACCUCCAACUUGGCUCAGAGCAUCGAUCUCGCCUUUCUGGAUCGCGCCGAUCUCCGCGAAUACAUUGGCUAUCCGGCCGUGCCGGCCAUCAGAUCGAUUUACAAGAGCAUGCUGGUCGAGCUCAUGUCCGCGGGCAUUGUGGAGUGCGAGGCCCUCGAGACAGAAGACAUCGAGGAGGGACUGCUCACAGAUCUUUCCGAGCGCAGUGUUGGCCUCAGCGGUCGGACCCUGCGAAAACUGCCUCUGCUGGCUCACGCCCAGUACACCGCCAGUGAACUUUUCGAGGAGAAUGGCAAGAUUUUCCUGUCCGACUUUCUGGAUGCAAUGCUGCUGGCCCUAGAGCAGAACAUCCGCCAGCACCAGCUCUUGAAAUCGGAGUCUAUGGAAGGCCCCAACCCCAAGUAAACAGAAAAGCAAACCAAUUUCUCUUAUGAGAACGAAAGAAAAAACAGAACCUCUCCACUUUAUCUCCAUCAAAUGCAAAACUCUGUAAACUUCAAUUUUUUACAAUGAAAAACAAUUGAGAAUCCCAGACUGAAUCCAGGAA